AUGACUGAUUUUAAAACGAUGUUCCCUGAUAUGGAUGACGACGUAAUAGAAGCGGUACUGCGCUCUAAUCAGGGAGCAGUAGACGCGACUAUUGACCAGCUGCUAGCAAUGAGCACCGAUAAUCAAAACGAAAGGCUUCGCCUGGAGAUGGAACGAGUGGAAUGCAGUUCACCGCGUCGCAAGGAUCGCCGCCAGACCUCGCGAGCUGUUGAAAAUGGUUGCGACAGUGACACUGCUGCACUCGUAGACGAAAAUGAUGAAUCAGUACCACUCGCAAUACGAAGAAAAUGGAUACCGAAAAUGCUUGGACCAUUGCCACCUACAUUCCUCCGUAUACCACCGGGAAGUGACGCUAGAGUAGACCUUAGUUUAGAAAUGGACGACGACAAAAUUGCUGCAUUCCUGCAGAAUGAAGAGUUUAUGGCUGAACUGCGAUGGAAUCAAGAGUUUAUAGCAGCAUUAGAUAGCGAACAAGGGCACAAAAGCAAAGGCCACGACGAUGAAGCGGCAUUCAAAGAGAGAUUAAAGAAUAUGGGAAAAUUGUCUCGCAAGAAAUUCGCCCAGCUGUCGAAAAUGUUCACACGAGGUGGUCCACGGCGCAGUGGCAGUUCACGUGCUGUCCCUCGCGGUCCACCCGACAGUCUGCUGUUGCAAGAAGAACAUAGCGAUGAGGAAGACCGCCCACAACAACAAAAGAUUUAA